GAAAUUGAAGACGGUUCCGUGGAGGGAAGCGGUUCUUGCAGAGUGGGAGGAGGAAAGUGCCGCAGAAAGGAAUUCGGCUAUCGGUCUUUUCCUGCUUCAACACAGACAUCGACGUCUGUUUGAAGAGAUGGGGAAGAAGCAGCGGAAGCCUGGUAAGGGCAAGGAGAAAACAGAAAGGAAAACUGCGAAGGCAGAGGAAAAGAAGGCAAGGAGAGAGAGCAAAAAGGUGUCCAUAGAGGACGACAUAGACGCCAUCUUGGCUAGCAUACAGAAAGAGGAAGCCAAGAAAAAGGAGGUUCAUGUUGAAGAAAACGUCCCUGCCCCUUCUCCCAGAGCUAAUUGCACGUUGAAUAUCAACCCUCUAAAGGAGACAGAGUUGAUACUAUAUGGAGGUGAAUAUUACAAUGGCAAUAAAACAUUUGUAUAUGGUGAUCUUUAUCGAUACAAUGUAGAAAAAUGUGAAUGGAAAUUGAUUUCUAGUCCUAACAGCCCGCCACCUCGUAGUGCUCACCAGGCAAUUGCAUGGAAAGACCACUUAUAUAUUCUUGGUGGUGAGUUUACUUCACCAAAUCAAGAACGCUUCCACCACUAUAAGGAUUUCUGGAUGCUAGAUUUGAAAACAAACCAAUGGGAGCAGCUUCUUUUGAAAGGUUGUCCAAGUGCUCGUUCUGGUCAUCGUAUGGUACUAUACAAGCACAAGCUGAUCAUCUUUGGUGGCUUCUAUGACACUCUUCGUGAAGUUAGGUAUUACAAUGAUUUGCAUGUUUUUGAUCUCGAUCAGUUUAAGUGGCAAGAGAUAAAACCAAAGCCUGGAAGCUUGUGGCCAAGUUCUCGGAGUGGCUUCCAAUUUUUUGUUUUCCAGGAUGAGAUUUUCCUUUAUGGAGGUUACUCGAAAGUUGUAUCAACUGAUAAGAGUGCCUCUGAGAAGGGAGUUGUUCAUGCAGACAUGUGGUCCCUUGAUCCAAGGAGCUGGGAGUGGAACAAAGUUAAGAAGAGUGGGCUGCCUCCUGGUCCUCGUGCUGGCUUUUCUAUGUGUGUGCACAAGAAGCGAGCAUUGCUUUUUGGUGGUGUAGUGGACAUGGAAGUUGAAGAUGAUUCCCUUAUGAGUGUGUUCCUGAAUGAGCUCUACGGGUUCCAGAUGGAUAACCAUAGAUGGUACCCUUUGGAGCUUCGGAUGGGCAAGGCAAAUAAGAAUAAGAUAAUGAGUGGUGGGAGGAUGGAACUGCAACCAAAAAGUGACUCUAAUGGCGAUAAAGAUGUCUAUGAUGAUACUGGAUGUUCUAACUCCAAUUCAAGUAAAUAUGGGAACGGUCAUAAAGCUGAGGAACAUAUUCAGGAAAUUUCUCAUCGUUUCUCUAAUAGUACUUUGGUUGAACAUGUUUCCUGUUCAAGUGUGAGCAGAGAACGUGAUGACAAGCAGAGUGAAAUUUCUGAUGUGAGCACAACAAUCACACAAGAGACACUAAAACCAUGUGGGCGGAUCAAUGCUUGCCUAGCUGUUGCAAAGGAUACGCUGUAUCUUUAUGGUGGUAUGAUGGAGAUCAGGGAUCGUGAGAUUACCUUGAAUGAUCUAUAUGCACUGGAUCUAGCAAAACUUGAUGAGUGGAAAUGCAUAAUACCAGCAUCGGAGUCUCAAUGGGUUGAUAUCAGCGAAGAUGAAGAUGUGGAGGAUACAGACAGUGAAGAAAGUGAAUCUGGGAGUGAUUCUGAUGAGUCUGAAAGUAGUGACCAGGUGGAGGACACGAACUUAGGAAUCGAGGCUGCUGUUGCUAUUCUGACUGGCAAGGGUGUGACUCUUCGUCGGAAGGAAAGACGUGCAAGAAUAGACCAAAUAAGAGCCAACCUUGGCCUUUCAGAAUCACAGAGAACUCCAAUGCCAGGGGAAUCAUUGAGGGAUUUCUACAGGCGAACAAGCUUAUACUGGCAAAUGGCUGCCCAUGAACAUACUCAACACACUGGAAAGGAAUUACGUAAAGAUGGCUUUGAUCUUGCAGAGGCUCGUUACAGGGAGCUCCAACCGAUACUUGUGGAGUUGGCCAGACUGGAAGAGGAGCAGAAGGCAGAGGAAGAAGAGGAUGCAGCAGCCUCCUUGAGAAAGAAAGGCAAAGCAAAAUCCAAGAACUCAUCCUCACAGAAGUAAUCACCACGUUUUUCAAUAGUGAAAAGUUGAGCUUAUCCUUGGAAACCUCCUGUCUUGUCCAUCAAUUUUUCAUGUUCCGAAGCAUCGUGGCGUGUACUUCUGAUAACGUAUUUGUUUCUGUUUCUGAAUUCUCUCUCUCUCUCUCUCUCUAUAUAUAUAUAUAUAUCUAUAUAUAUAUAUAUAUAUAUGUAUAUAUUCCUGAAAUGCUUUCUCUAUUGUACGCAACAAAUUAAUUCUGACUCUUGUAAACAAUUAUUAUUUAUCAAAUAGAAUGUAUUUUUCAGUCA